AUGCACCCAGCUGCGGCUCACACAUACCCACACUCAGGUGGUUAUGACGAGUCACGAGGAUGUUCACCCUCCUCCCCCAUCGCUGACCGGUCCUAUGGUGGGCACACGGACAAAGCAGGAUCCUCCCCUGUCACCAGUUGCCGAGCUGUAGAGUUCCUCCCCUCCGGGAAGGACCUACCGCAGGACUUCUUCCCAUGUGAUACUGCUCACCGCGGCCUACCGCCAUGUCUUGGGCAUGACCUUUUUGAGGGAGUAGUGGCAAAUGAUUUGGCCCUCUAUGUGGAACAUUUGGUAAAAGCUGAAAAACAUUUCACCUAUGACAAGAUAAAUCAGGCCAUCUCACAGACAAAACUUCUUGGUAGUGACUCACACAACAAACCAUGUAUGGAUGUUGAAUGCAUUCAGGAAAUUCAGAGAGUGCUAUCUGAAUUGGACUAUGAGAAGUUGAUGGUCGUCAUUGAACACCUGUCAUCAGUGGUUGGAGUCACAAAGAAAGAGGACCUUGGCUUUAUUGAGAGGGAUGACUUCCAGCAUCAUUUAAUGCCAAUACAGUGCUGUAAAGUCAUCCAGGCCUUCAGACAUAGAGAACUGAAUGGCAGAGUUGACACUGAUGUCAACUGCGUGCCGAAUGAAAAGACAGUGCCCUUCUCAUCCUUGGACACAGAACUGACAGUUGGACAUGCCCACCUAACACCUCCUUGUACACAAUUCCAAAAUCCUGGAUUAUCAUUGACAAAAACACAGAACUCAUGGAUCAGUCAGUUCGAGAUUCCUUGGGACAAGAUGCCUGCUUCACUCUCACAGGCAAUAUUAAGAGGGCAGAGGGCUAACCCUGCAGACAGAAGAGCCAUGGUGAGAACUGUGGUGGCUGCCAUGCAGAAACACUGUCCAAAUCCCAACAGGGCUGCCUGUGUAGAGAUAGCGAAAGUGAUUGUGUCAAAAUGCCCUUUGACCUUUGCAGACACAACUGAGGAAGGUGAACAGUUGGGAAUAGGUUAUUAUUCACUUGUUAAUCAGCUUAAAACAAGAGUUGAACAUGUCAACCGUAACAAUGUAAGUGAGAGAAUACGGAGACCAAGGACAAUGACAGAAACUAGUGAUGGUAGAACUACCACCAAAACAGUACGGUGCAAAGUAGACAGCUAUGGCUGUACAAACUGGCAGCCAAAAUGUCUCCCAGAAGGAGAGACAGUUGACUCUUUAGAAGACAGAAGAAAACAUAUGGCAGCCAUAUUUCAGUCUACUGGACCCAAAGCUGCGGACAUGCCAGAUAUAGACAAUUCAAUGAGUUUGACGUACAUUUAUCUACGUCACGUGAUAAACAGCUGCCCUCCCCCCAGUAUGAAUUCGAUUGAAGAACAAUGGCCUUUCCUCUUUACAAAAAGAGGACUCUGUGCCCAUUUCAAAACUCUCACAGGUAUUGAUAUCUGUGAUCGAGUAGGAGAGGCUCUUCAAACCAAGGGGAAGAGGAUCAUAUAUUUCUUCCAAAGACAGACUCAGAACAGAGACAUUCAGGGUCUUCUACGGGACAUUGAGAGCGACACAACAGCCAUGCAGCAGAGCCGGACCAGUAUAGCAGUUGUGCUUCUUUUGAUGAAGCACUUCUUUGAAAAAGAGGACUCCAUCUUCAUUUUGGCAGAUACAACUGCAACAAAGUCAUCCAUCGAGAAAGACAUGAGCCUGCCAGCCACACCGAGACUGAUAAUACUAGGGAACACAUUUCUUUCUGCAACAAAGUGGAUGGUGAGCAUUGAUGGAAAGGUGGCCUACAUUUUGGAGGAGCACCUGGGUUUUGCAGAUGCUUUAUCUGUAUUCUUUGGAUGCUUCUAUGAUUUCAACAUAGAAUACCAGGAGCCUGCCUGUGCAACAUUGGAACUCAUACAACGAUUCUUUGUGAGGAUAAAUCCAGAGGAUGGAACAAAAUGCACUGCAAAAACCGGAGUGAGUCGUAAGACAGGAGAAAUGGUGAAGAGGAAGACGACAAUCAUCAACAACAGAGUGUCAUCCUUCCUUCGCCAGCUAACAGAAUUUGAGUGGAGGAACUUGGAUUAG